CGGAGCCAGCGGCCCCGCUCUUGGCUCUUCCGGGGCUGGCCAGAGUGAGCCAGACGAAGUGGACAAGUUCAAGGCCAAGUUCCUGACAGCCUGGAACAACGUCAAGUACGGUCGGGUGGUUAAAAGCCGGACCAGCUUUAGCAAGAUCUCCAGCAUCCAUCUCUGUGGCUGCCGCUACCGUUUCGAGGGCAAGGGUGACAUACAGCGUUUCCAGCGGGACUUUGUGUCCCGCCUGUGGCUCACAUACCGCCGGGACUUCCCGCCCCUUCCUGGGGGCUGCCUGACCUCGGACUGUGGCUUGGGGUGCAUGUUACGCAGCGGCCAGAUGAUGCUGGCACAGGGCCUGCUGCUGCAUUUCCUGCCCAGAGACUGGACAUGGGCCGAGGGCACGGGCCUGGGCCCCCCUGAGCUGUCAGGGUCAGCCUUUCCCAGCUGGUACCAUGGGCCUGCCCGCUGGAUGCCCCCACGCUGGGCCCAGGGUGCCCCUGAGGUGGAGCAGGAACGUCGGCACCGGCAGAUUGUGUCCUGGUUCGCCGACCACCCCAGGGCCCCCUUUGGCCUACACGGGCCGGUGGAGCUUGGACAGAGCUCAGGCAAGAAGGCAGGUGACUGGUAUGGGCCAUCGCUGGUGACACACAUCCUCAGGAAAGCCGUGGAGAGCUGCUCCGAGGUCACCAGCCUGGUGGUGUACGUUUCUCAGGACUGCACAGUGUACAAGGCGGAUGUGGCACGCCUGGUGGCCAGGCCAGACCCCACAGCCGAGUGGAAGUCUGUGGUCAUCCUGGUGCCCGUGCGACUGGGUGGCGAGACUCUCGACCCCGUGUAUGUGCCCUGCAUGAAGGAGCUCCUGUGCUGCCAGCUGUGCUUGGGCAUCAUGGGUGGGAAACCGCGACACUCACUGUACUUCGUUGGCUACCAAGAUGACUUCCUGCCGUACCUAGACCCUCACUACUGCCAGCCCACUGUGGAUGUCAGCCAGGCUGACUUCCCCCUGGAGUCCUUCCACUGCACCUCGCCCCACAAGAUGGCCUUCGCCAAGAUGGACCCAAGCUGUACUGUGGGCUUCUACGCUGGAGACAGGAAGGAGUUUGAGACACUCUGCCCAGAGCUGACCAGGGUCCUCAGCUCCUUCUCAGCCACGGAGCGGUACCCCAUGUUCACCCUGGCCGAGAGCCAUGCUCAGGACCACAGCCUGGACGACUUCUGCUCCCAGCUCUCCCAGCCCACACUCCAGCUCCCUUGCACAGGGCGGCUCCUCAGGGCCAAAUGCCCCAGCUCUGAGGACUUUGUGUUUUUAUAAAGGGACGGGAUGAGGGGAAAGAUGCAACACUAUUUAUUUUUUUAUUUAUGUCAUGUCAGGUGUGGGAUCUUGAGCUCUGGCAGUGAUGAUGGUACUUCCUGUUCUCAGUCCCUCAAGCCCAGCUGCAACCAGUCUGGGGCCAUUCAGCCAGGGACAGAGCCCAUGCGCCUGUCUCCCACCAGUGGGGCCCUCCUGGCAGGGGAGGGAGGGAGGACCUCGGGCACCUCCCUCAGGGCCUGACUCACGUACUGUAGUUUGCACUGGAUGCCCGGGCCCUCCCUGUCCCAAAGCCCCCUUGGGGGAAUUGUGGCUGCUGGGGGCCAAUAAAGCUGUGUGACUUGAAAAAAAAAAAAAAAAAGAAUUUCACUCUAAGCUAUACAAGGUCUUUUUUUAGGCAAUUCCUCUGAGCCACUCCUCUAAGGCCAAAGUCUGCUUCAGGAAGGCUAGGUCGGGACAAGCAGAAAAUGGGACUGCCUCUCAAGGGACAAGGGCCAUCUGAUUCUUCUCUCUUCACUCACUCAAGGCCAAAGGCACCCACCACCACAACCUCCACAGCCCACUUCUUUCUACCCUGUUGGUAGUUUUAUUUCAGGGCCCUCCUCACUCUGACCCUGCUCAGCAUCCUCCUGAACCUUCCUGAAGACUGUUCUGAGCUUCAAAUCUUAGGGACAAGAGGUUAGAGUCUUAGUCCCUUCUUUCUUAGAAGGUAUAGAACUCCUCAUACAAACUGUUGAAGGUUCACCCCAGUACUUUGCUUUCCAAACCAUAUGAGCUGGGAGGCCAAUGAAGUGAUUUCCCUCCCCAACUUAACCCCAGUAGUAACUCAAGUCUUCACCAAAGUAACAUUUGUGGUCUCUACCAAAAGUAGCUGGCCAAUAUUUUAGCACCCAAUUCACCAAGCACUGCUGAGUGUGCAUACGUGGUUUACUCACCUCUAUCAUUCCCUGCUUACAGCUGAGAAAAUCAAGACUCGGAAGUUAAGUAACUUGCCCAAGAUCACUCAACUAGAUUUUGAAACUAAGUUAAUUGAAUUUCACAGCCCAAGCUUGAUCUAGGUGGUGACUCCAUUCUCUAAGCAUCCCUUCUUUGUUUCUUUUAAUGAGGUCACAACAGUUGAAUAAUCGUGAUGAUGGAGCUUCGGAGGCUGCAACUUAGGGUAGCCCUGGCCCUACACCCUGAAAAAGGUUCAUCUGCAUUUUCUUUUUGUAGAGUGAAAGAAGAUGCAAACAAUGAUUCCUAUUUCAAAUUUCUGAUAUGAAAAGAAAUCUCUGGAAUAAAUCCUGCUGCUCUGGUUUUAAAUUAA